UCUCCAUUCGUUAAAUCCUCCCACGCCUCUUUGCCCUAACAAAUCCUUCCUCAUCAAACCAAGAUUCACAGACUCUUUCUCUUCGAUUUUCCCCAAAAUUAUUUUCUUUAAAUUUAUAUAAUUAAUUCAAAAAUCAUAAAUUUACCGGAUCUGAACUACUCGUCGGCGCUUAAACCCGUCUUCUUCAUCAAUCUCCGAAACCCUAAAAGUUACCAGAAAACUCAACUGAUUGCUCCUUGAGUUGGGUUUGCUUCGGUAAAGAUCGAAGAGCUUUCCUUUUUCUUGUUCUAUAGCUGGUGAGUUCUUGAAUUUGUACACACAUAUAUACGUGUAUACAUGCAUGCAAUUGUUGAUUUUGCGUAUGUUCUCUAAGCAAGAUUUGUUGUUUUUCCUUUCUGGGUUUUCCCGAGGAUGAAAGAACGAACAAGAAAGAAAAAAGAAAGAAAUAUAGAAGCUUGAAUGGUUGUCUUAUGAUUUCUUAUCAGCGAAGAGCGAAAAUUUAAUUCUGAAGAUUUUUUGAAGUAAUGUCCUGAAUUUUGAGGAAGUCAUGGCCUCUAAAGGUCCAAGGUCUAGACUUGAUCAUGAGACAAGGGCCAAACGGCAAAAGGCACUUGAACCACCCAAGGAACCCCAGAGGCCCCGAACACACUGGGACCAUCUUUUAGAAGAGAUGGUGUGGUUAUCAAAGGAUUUUGAGUCUGAGAGGAAAUUUAAAUUAGGCCUGGCAAAGAGAAUUGCCAUAAGGGCUAGUAAAGGUAUGGUGGAUCAAGCUACAAGAGGUGAAAGACGAGUGAAGGAGGAAGAGCUUCGGAUGAAAAAAGUUGCACUUAAUAUUUCAAAGGAUGUGAAGAAAUUUUGGACAAAAAUCGAGAAGCUGGUGCUAUACAAGCAUCGAUUAGAGCUUGAUCAAAAGAAGAAAAAAGCACUUGAUAAACAACUUGAAUUUCUUUUAGGCCAAACAGAAAGGUAUUCAACAAUGCUGGCAGAGAACCUUGUAGAUUCGUCGCCACGUCAGCAUGUCCAGCUGUCAUCUGUACAAGAACAACGACCUGCCAUUGAAUAUAAAGAUCAGAGUGAUGUUAAUGGGUGUGCUGAACCAAAUGUUGAGUCCCAGUCAAAUAUUUUAGAAACUGACGAAGACUACAAGGCUGAAAAUGAACCUGAAGAUGACGAGCAUACCCUUGAGGAAGAUGAAGCCCUCAUAACAGAAGAUGAAAGGAGAGAGGAAUUAACAGCUUUGCAAAAUGAAAUGGAUUUACCCCUUGAGGAAUUACUUCGUCGUUAUACUGUUAAUGAAGAAAGUACUCCAGGAAAGACUGAAGGUGAAGCAGAACUAGCCCAUGCACCAGAGGACAACUUAUUAUGUAAUGGAAAUGACAAUUCUGACCUUGGGUUAAAAGAGAGUCGUCAUUGUGCUGAAAGUAAUGGUGGAUUAUCAGUUUUAGAAAAUCAUCAUCCAGAAGUCAAAGAACAUUAUGUUAGAAAACGUAAAGGUCUUAAGAAGCAAAAAAAAUAUUUGGAAUUGGACUUCAAUGAUGAGAAUGAGGAUGUCGACUUUGUACUUGCAAAUGGAGAGGAAAAGGAUGAUGAAACGACCUUAUUGGAGGAAGAAGAACUAGCAAAGACUGAAAAUCAUGAUUCAGUAGAUGAGCUUGCAAUGUUGCAAAAGGAUAGUGAAAUUCCAAUAGAGGAGUUGCUUGCAAGGUAUAGACAGGAUCCUGACACUAUUCAAAGUGAUGAAAAUGAUUCAGGCUCCGAAAUUGAAAUUCCCGAUCAGGAAGAGAAGCCAGAUCAGAUUGCUGACGAUGGCGGGGAGAACGAUGACAUCAUUGCUGAUGCAGCAGCCGCCGCCAGGUCAGCACAGCCGACAGGGAACACCUUUUUAACAACCAAAGUCAGGACAAAAUACCCUUUUCUAUUAAAAUUCUCUCUUCGUGAAUACCAACACAUCGGGUUAGAUUGGCUUGUAACAAUGUAUGAAAAAAGACUUAAUGGGAUUUUAGCAGAUGAAAUGGGGCUCGGGAAAACAAUCAUGACAAUCGCGCUUCUUGCACACCUGGCAUGCGAAAAGGGUAUAUGGGGCCCACAUCUGAUUGUGGUCCCCACAAGUGUCAUGCUCAAUUGGGAAACCGAGUUUCUAAAAUGGUGUCCUGCUUUCAAAAUCUUGACAUAUUUUGGAAGUGCAAAAGAACGGAAACAUAAAAGACAAGGGUGGUUGAAACCGAAUUCUUUUCAUGUUUGCAUCACAACCUACAGACUUGUUAUUCAAGAUUCCAAGAUUUUCAAGAGGAAAAAAUGGAGAUACUUGAUUUUGGAUGAAGCCCAUUUGAUAAAGAAUUGGAAGUCUCAAAGAUGGCAAACACUUUUGAAUUUCAACACAAAAAGACGCAUACUUUUAACGGGUACCCCUUUACAGAAUGAUCUCAUGGAGCUAUGGUCUCUAAUGCAUUUCUUGAUGCCACAUAUUUUUCAAUCUCAUCAAGAGUUUAAAGAUUGGUUUAGUAAUCCGAUAACAGGAAUGGUUGAAGGUCAAGAAAAAGUCAACAAGGAAGUCGUUGACCGGUUGCAUAAUGUUCUCCGGCCAUUUAUCCUCCGGCGACUGAAACGGGAUGUUGAAAAACAAUUACCUUCAAAACACGAACAUGUUAUCUACUGUAGACUCUCGCGUAGACAACGAAAUCUCUAUGAAGAUUUCAUUGCUAGCUCAGAGACUCAAGCAACCCUUCAAAGUUCUAACUUCUUCGGGAUGAUUAGUGUUAUAAUGCAAUUAAGAAAAGUUUGUAAUCAUCCGGAUUUAUUCGAAGGUCGCCCGAUUAUCAGUUCAUUUGAUAUGAAUGGAAUCGAAACCCAAUUUUGUUCUUCGAUUUGCUCGGUUCUUGAAUCCGGUCCGUUUUCAACCGUUGAUCUUACUGGAUUAGGGUUUGUGUUCACUCAUCUUGAUUUUGACAUGACAUCAUGGGAAACCGAAGAAGUUGAAUCAAUUGCCACACCUUCUGAACUAAUCAAAUCACGUGUAGUAGAAGAAUCCAUGAGUCGACUCGAGAUCAAGACCGGGUCGACCCGGUCAACCGGGUUUAACAUCUUUGAAGAGAUUCAAAAAGCGCUCAUGGAAGAGAGACUUAAAGAAAUGAAAGCACGAGCCGAAUCGGUUGCAUGGUGGAAUUCUUUGCGGGCCCGUAGAAAACCAAUGUAUUCAACGGGUUUACGGGAAAUUGUUUCGGUGGAAAAUUCCAUUUCUACCCUUUCGGGUUUACAUGACAUUGUGUUUUCUCCCGUUGACCGGUUCAAUCAAAUGGUUGACCAGGUUGAAAGUUUCAUGUUUGCAAUCCCGGCUGCCCGAGCACCACCACCGGUCGGGUGGUGCAGCAAACCGGGCACCACUGUGUUUGUCAACCAAGAUUAUAAAACAAAAUGUUUGACACUUUUGUCCCCACUAUUAACACCAAUCAGACCCGCCAUUGUCAGGCGGCAAGUCUACUUUCCCGAUAGGCGGUUGAUACAGUUUGACUGUGGUAAACUUCAAGAGCUUGCGGUUUUGUUAAGAAGGUUAAAAUCGGAAGGUCAUCGGGCUUUGAUUUUCACUCAAAUGACUAAAAUGCUUGAUGUUUUGGAAGCUUUUAUAAAUAUAUACGGGUACACUUACAUGCGGUUAGACGGGUCGACCCAGCCCGAAGAGAGGCAGACAUUAAUGCAACGGUUCAAUACAAAUCCGAAGUAUUUUCUUUUUAUUUUGUCGACCCGGAGUGGUGGGGUUGGGAUUAAUCUUGUCGGGGCCGAUACGGUAAUUUUCUAUGAUAGUGAUUGGAAUCCAGCCAUGGAUCAACAAGCUCAAGAUCGGUGUCAUAGGAUUGGGCAAACACGUGAAGUGCAUAUUUACAGAUUGAUCAGUGAAAGCACGAUUGAAGAGAAUAUUUUGAAAAAGGCGAAACAGAAACGGGCUUUAGAUGAUUUGGUGAUUCAGAGUGGGGAGUAUAACACUGAGUUUUUCAAGAAGCUUGAUCCGUUGGAGUUGUUUUCCGGUCACGGGAAGAAUUCCGGUUCCGGAGUUGCGAUUCCGGUUCCAGUUCCGGUUCCGGUGUCGAAUGCCGAUGUUGAGGCGGCGUUGAAACAUGCGGAAGAUGAAGCGGAUUACAUGGCGUUGAAGAAAGUGGAGCAGGAAGAGGCGGUGGAUAAUCAGGAGUUUACUGAGGAGGCGAUUGGGAAGCUUGAAGAUGAUGAGCUUUUGAAUGAAGAAGAUGGAAAAUUUGAGGAGUUGGGAACGGGACAGGUGGAGGGUAAUAAUCGGGAAAUGGUUAUUUGUAGCGACCCGAAUGGGGACCCGGGUUUGACUUUGGUCAAGGGUGAUGAUGGUGAUGAUGAUGACAUGGCGGAUGAUGUGAAACAGAUGGCUGUGGCGGCUGCAGCCUCGGGGCAGGAGAUUUUGUCUUUUGAGAAUCAAUUGCGUCCGAUUGAUCGGUAUGCGGUUCGGUUUCUUGAGAUGUGGGACCCGAUUGUUGAUAAUGUGGUUAUUGAGUCAAAGGAUAGAUUUGAGGGAGAGGAAUGGGAGUUGGAUCAUAUUGAGAAGUUAAAGGAGGAUAUGGAAGCUGAAGGUGAUGAUGAUGAGGAACCUUUGGUUUAUGAAACAUGGGAUACUGAGUUUGCAACUAAAGUAUACCAAGAACAAGUCAAAGCGUUGGCUGAACAUCAGUUGAUGGAAGAGCGUGAAAUGGAAGCUAGAGAGAAGGAACUUGAGGAAUCUGACUCACUGAAGAAUGAACCGGUUGUUAAGAAACCCAAGUCAAAGAAAAAGACGAAGAAAACAAAAUUCAAAUCUCUGAAAAAAGAAGCUUUAUCAUCCGAAACAAAGCCAAUAAACAUAGAAUCACCAAUAGAAUUCGAUGAUGAUUAUGUCGACGAUGAAAUAAUUUUUUUAAAAAAACGCAAAAAACCUUUGGACGAAUCCACCUCAGAAGUGAAGAGUUCUUCCAGAAAGUCAAAAAAGCCCAAAAAGAACCCCGAACCAAUCUCAUUAGACAUGGAUUCCAAUUCCUUAAUCGAGCAACAAGAUGAACCGAGAGAUUUGAAACCUUUUGUAAAUAACAAUCUUGAAAUUGAUCAUAAACCAGUCAUUAGGGGCAAAUCGGGACUAAAAAUAUCGGUCACUACGAUGCCGGUGAAACGGGUGAUGACUAUAAGAUUGGAGAAGCUGAAGAAGGGAAGCAUAUGGCCUAAUGAUUGUGUCCCUACGCCAGAUUCUUGGUUGUCAUCGGAGGAUGCUAUGCUGUGUGCAGUUGUACAUGAAUACGGUGUGAACUGGAGUUUGGCAAGUGAGAUUUUGAAUGGGAUGACAGCUGGCGGGUUUUACCGGGGGAUUCUAAGGCAUCCAGUUCAUUGUUGUGAGAGGUAUCGGGAGCUUGUUCAGAGACACGUCUUAUCUAGUUCAGACAAUAAUGUUCAUAAUGACAAAGCGAGUAAUGUUGGUGUUGGGAAAGCUCUUCUAAGAGUAACUGAGGAGCAUGCAAAGUCGUUGUUGGAUAUUGUGUCAGAACGUCCUGAUCAGGCUUACACUCUUCAAAAGCAUUUCUUCCACCUACUCACAUCUGUCUGGAGAUCAACCGCCCGUUCCGGUCACCGGAAAACCCCAUUGUCUCUCAGAACCGGGCAGCGGGUAAACCAUACUUCUCGCGAUCCGGUCAGGCCACAAUCGGAAAGAAUGGAGUUCACUAACCUAAAGCAGAUUAGCAGAUUAGUAUCCGAUGCACUUGAAAGUUCUCAAAAUAUACCAAGGGAAGAUAGGGUUUCAAGUUUUAGUGAAAGACGUGAGGUUCGACCUGUCGGGCAGCUGGGAAUCACUCUUGAGUUUCCUCCGGGCAGAGAUGAUCCAAGUGUUCCGUUGCCUUCCGUCGUGUCUUUAUCCAUAAAUGACACGGAACCCGUGCUGCCCGAACACCUGCCCGUCGGCGGGAAUCAUUGUUUUAGAUCAUCCAAGGAUACCGUUGAAUGCCGAUUCAGGGAUGCUGCAUCAAGAGCCGCCAUUGAUGGUGGUUUAGGGUUGCCGCCAUCGGCUUCUCCGGCAACCGAUGUCAAGUCGCGGACACCAGCCAAAUCUCAAUUAUCCGGAAAGCAUCAUCGGAAUCCCGAAUUACCUUUGAAGUCGUCGAAAUCUAAAUCAAGGAAAGCAAUCAUGGAUUCCAACGAAGCUUUUUCCCUACUCCGUGAUCCCAAUUUACAACCAUCGAUGCCACCUAUUAAUUUGUGUUCAAGGUUUGAUACGGAUAUGGAAUCUUCAAUGGAUGAUUUUCUAAAUGCAUCUUCGAUCGAUUUAGGCAAUGAGCUUUCGUUUGAUAUAGUGCCACAUGAUUAUGACCCGGGAUUCACCUGGGGUCUUGAAGAUUGUUUGUUAUCUCGGGAGUUUACUGAUAUCGGAUAGGGUUGGAAUUAAGGUAACCGGAUGGGACCCACAUUGUGUAUUGUCUGAUGACCUGGCGGGCAGGUAUUUUUGGGUUGGUGAAAGAAGAGAAAGACUAACUUGGUGUAUCUGGCAUGCUGACCGGACCGAAGAUGGGCACGCGAUGAUGAUUCUUGGAAGAUACAAGAUUUUGCACAUAAAAUGUAACAUUGUAUAGCAUGUGGGCCCGUUAACACUGUAACUUUUUUUUUCCGGUUGGUUGGUUGGUUGGGUUGGG